UCACCUUUUUUCUGCAAGCCUUUGCCUUCGUACCUGCCUAAAAUGAUGAAGGCUUGUGUGACUAUCCUGCUGUGUAUAGUUGUCGGCACAUCUGCCCGGUACCCAUGCCCACCCGAGUGUGAGUGUGGCGAGCUCGGACCCCAUGGAAUCGCCUGUGGUGGAGAGGACAUGACGCACUUUCCAAAGAACAUCCCACCUAAUGCAGUGUAUCUAGAUGUGGAGGGGACAAAAAUCACAACGAUACCAAAGGGAGUCUUCAACAAACUACACCACCUUAUAGGUUUGAUUCUGGACCAGAACCAAAUAUCAACCAUCGAACCCGGUGCAUUUCAGGGCCUCACAAAUAUGUCACUGCUUUCACUCUCAACCAACCCGGGAUUGUCUCUAACCAAAGUCGACCCGCUUAUUUUGAAGGAUAUUCAAAACUUGACCAGGUUCCUUGCUCAGAAUAAUAAACUUAUAACCAUCCCAACCAAAUUCUUCUCAGAAAACAAAAACCUAAGAGAAGUUGAUCUCCAAAAUGCCGGCCUGUUGGAACUACAACCAGGGUGCUUUUCAAACUUGAAGAACCUUUUCAUUGUAGAUCUCAGCAAGAAUCAAAUUGAUAAAAUUGGCGCAAAUGUUUUCACCGGAAGUUCCAACUUUCAGACUUUACUACUAAGUAACAGUCAGGUGAAAUCUAUUGAGCCACGCGCGUUCGAAACUCAAGAAGAGAUGCUUUUCCUCAUGAUAGACCAUAAUAUGCUGGUAUCCGUUCGUAGUGCUUUGCUUGGGCUCAAAAACCUUCUCACACUGGCACUCAAUGACAAUAAGAUUGUUUCCCUCAAUGAAGACGACUUUAAGGAUCUGGUGAUGUUAAAUUCUUUAGAUUUAAGCAACAAUGAACUGAUGGAUACGGGCAAUGCAUUGGCGAAUCUUCGUUCUUUGGGAAGCUUGAACUUGAACAACAAUCGUCUGACGAAACUGUCUUUCCAGGGCAUGCCUUUGCUGACAGACAUAUCUGUAAGUAACAACCUUUUGCAAUCCAUACCCGAAAGACUGGACGUAAUAACACAUGCCCGGAUUCUCGAUAUUUCAAACAACCCUAUUCAGAGUCUACCCGGGGGACGAUUCGCAUCUCUUAACUCCCUUCUGAAGCUGGACAUUUCGAACAUUUCUGUAAUCCAAGAUGGCGGACUUGCACCUGAUGCCUUGACCGGACUCCACAGUUUGGUUGAACUUAGGGUUGAAAAUAACGAGCUAAACAAAGUACCAUCUCAGGCACUUUCCGCCGUAAAACAGAUUCAAAUACUCAGUCUUAGCCAUAAUAAGAUAGAGACUCUUGACGAAAACGACUUUGUUUCCGUGUCAAACGUAUCUAACUUGCAGCUUGCCAAUAACAUGUUAGCAAAGGUACCCGAGAAAGCUCUCCGUCCCUUCACAAACCUGACCCAACUUGACCUCUCAGGAAAUCCUUUAGUACACAUCUCUGAUUGGUCGUUUGGAAACUCGACAACACUUUCCAGCUUGCGCUUGAGCAAUGCCAAACUGUCAGUCAUAGACCCUGCAGCGUUCCACGAUCUAAAAGGUGUGCAUUCUAUCGACGUUACCAACAACAAUCUAACAUGGCUGCCAGGUGACCUCUUGAAAUAUGACCGCGCUUUUCCGUUUUACCUGUACGCAGACCAGGGAAAUCCUUGGUACUGUGACUGUCAGAUGAAACCAUUUUCAGAGGCCGUUAACGUUCCCGGUCAGUCAGUUAUUACGAAUAUCCACUGUUCUGGUCCUGAAAAGUAUAAAGGUCAAAAUUUGGGAGACAUUCCUCUGGCAAACCUCACCUGUGACUGUGAGCAUCAGGAGGCGCCCUCUGUCGACACAUCAGGGAGUGACAACAGCACUGCUGUCGGUCAACCCGCAAAACUUAGGUGUAAAGUGGGCGGCUGCCCGACGGCCCACCUGUUUUGGACCACCCCAAGGGGCUUCGUGAUCUCUCCUCACCUCACCGAGUAUACCGGAUAUGACGUACAAGACGACGGAACUCUCGUCAUCAUGGCUACCGUUGCCGAGGAUGCCGGGAACUACACUUGCACGGCGGCCAACUACCUUGGGAAGGCUGAACAGAGUCAUAAGCUUAAGCUAGAUAUUAUUGAGACGUAGUCAAUAGCGGAAAUGACAAAAUCUUUUGAGUUGAACUAUUUCGUCCAUGGGGUAAUUUUCUUUAAAGCUGUCUAGAUAACUCCCUGUACUAGAUAAAGCAGGGUACGUUGGACUCUGACCCAUCGGUCAAAUAAUCUAGCUUUCAUUGUAAACAAUGGUUAAUGCACCAUGUGACUUGUAUGUUUUCCGUAGACCAAAGUCUUUUGCAAUAGCAGUGCACGUUUCUCCUACAUAGGAGCCAGUGAAUAGUAAGGUACGUCACUUAACCGACUGCAUUUAGACUGUUAGUUGCCAUAACGUUGCAUAAAACUGUGUUAGUUGCCUAUGUUAGUGUAUAAGAGAUAUCUGAGUGUAAUAAGACAAUAUUUAGGUUAACAGAAACGUAUAAUGACAUUUCAUGUAUACUUCGUCCUAUUGGGGACACAUUUCGAAGCAUUCAAAAGACUAAGUUUGAUGAUUUGACAUUACUACUGUACUAUGUCAAGUUGUGGGGUGUAAAUCAUAUAAAAUUGCUCCCCUCUUAGCUUUACAUGGCAUAUGUCUGAACAAAAACAAAUAAGUGCAUUAUUGUGGUGAAAUCAUUGGUCAAAUAAACCUUUAGACAGAAAUUGAUAUGGUCAGAAUGUGCACUCACACAAGGUGACUUUUCAACGAAAGAUCCUAAUGAAGUUAAGUAUUCCACCGAGAUUUACA